GAGAUUGGACUACGGAACCAAAGCUCUCACCCUCUGAGAUCUCAGGGAGCCAACGUGCUGGGAGAGCCUAAGGGUCCCAAGCAAACCUGGAGGCAGAGGAAGCAGCGGAGGGAAAGUGACCAAGCUAGCCGCUCCAGUGUGGGACAGGAGCCGAAGGGACGCCCGCGUCAGCCCCAGCCGGGUUCUGGCGGCUGCCAACGCCUCCUGCAGCGCAGCGGCUUCGAAGCCGCCGCCCCGGAGCUACGCUUUUCUCUUCGGUGAAGUUUUUAAAAGCUGCUAGAGACUCGGAGGAAGCGAGGAAAGUAACCGGUAGGACUGACGGCUGCCUUUGUCUUCCUCCCCUCCACCCCACUGCCCCUUCCUGGGGCUCCUCUCUUGCUGCUGCCUCCGCCCGCUCCCCUCUGACCGCCCCCCCACGACACUUCCCCUCCACUCUAGUCGGCCCAGCGCGGCCAGCCCGAGUUUGCAGAGAGGUAACUCCCUUUGGCUGCGAGCAGACAAGCUAGCUCUGCGUUGCGAAGACGGCUCUGAGGAAGCUACGCGAUCUCGGACACGCUUCAACUCUGGAGCCAGGACCUGGCUGGUUAGGCGGCACGCGGGGUGAGCCCCUAAGUUCUCCUCACUCCCUCUCCACCUUACCCUGCACGCCCCCGCCCCCCCAGCCAUUUUUCGGGACCAAAGAUCAAAGGAUGAAAAGGCAAUCAGGUCUUCAGUAGCCAAAACCAAAAACAAACAGAAAACCCCCACUCAAACCCGAACAAAACCAAAGGGAGGGGAGAAGAAAAACAAUAACCCGGUUCCUAUUUGCACCUGCUUCAGUGAACACAAUCUGGAAGACGGAGAGUUUUCUUUUUAUUUUUUUUCUUUCAAGAUCUGAGCAUCUAUUGAAUCUACCGUCCAAGUAUUCAGAAACAGACUGAGCCUAGCAGGGCAGAUUUUGUCUAACGCGUGUUUUCCUCUGCACAACACUUUGAGGCUGUCAGAGAAAUUUCGUGUGGUUAUUCCUGCAAGUUUCUUUCCCAGAAGCUUUCCGCAGGUGGGUAGCUAGCUGCAGUGACUACCGCAUCACAGCCUGUUGAACUCUUCUCAGCAAGAGAAGGGGAAACAGGAUAAAGGAAUUAGGUGGAAGAUUCAACCAAGCUCAAGGAUGGAGGUGCAGUUAGGGCUGGGGAGGCUCUACCCACGACCGCCGUCCAAAACGUAUCGAGGAGCUUUCCAGAACCUGUUCCAGAGCGUGCGCGAAGUGAUCCAGACCCCGGGGCCCCGGCACCCUGAGGCCGCGAGUGCAGCACCUCCCGGCGCCCAUUUACAGCAGCAACAGGAGACCAGUGCCCGGCAGCAGCAGCAGGGUGAGGAUGGAUCUCCCCAAGCCCAGAGCAGAGGCCACACAGGCUACCUGGCCCUGGAGGACGAACAGCAGCCUUCCCAACAGCAGUCAGCCUCCGAGGGCCACCGGGAGAGUGGCUGCAUCCCGGAGCCCGGAGCCCCCUCGGCUGCCGGCAAGGGGCUGCAGCAGCAGCCGCCAGCACCUACGAACGAGGAUGACUCAGCUGCCCCAUCCACGUUGUCCCUGCUGGGCCCCACUUUCCCGGGCUUAAGCAGCUGCUCCGCCGAUCUUAAAGACAUCCUGAGCGAGGCCGGCACCAUGCAACUGCUUCAGCAGCAGCAGCAGCAGCAGCAACAGCAGCAGGAGAUAGUAUCUGAAGGCAGCAGCAGCAGCGGGAGAGCGAGGGAGGCCGCUGGGGCUCCAACGUCCUCCAAGGACAAUUACCUAGGGGGCAGUUCUGCUAUCUCGGACAGCGCCAAGGAGUUGUGUAAGGCAGUGUCGGUAUCUAUGGGCUUGGGUGUUGAGGCAUUGGAGCAUCUGAGUCCUGGGGAACAGCUUAGAGGUGAUUGCAUGUAUGCUCCGCUCCUGGGAGGUCCACCCCCUGUGCGUCCCACUCCUUGCGCCCAGCUGGCCGAAUGCAAAGGUUCUCUGCUGGAUGAUGGCCCAGGCAAGGGCAGCGAAGAGACUUCUGAGUAUUCCCCAUUCAAGGCAGGCUACCCCAAAGGGCUGGAAGGAGAGACCCUGGGCUGCCCUAGCAGUGCUGAAACAGGAGUCUCCGGACCACUUGAGCUGCCAUCCACCUUGUCUCUCUACAAGUCUGGAGCACUGGAAGAGGCAGCGGCUUAUCAGAGUCGCGACUACUACAACUUUUCACUAGCCCUGUCCGGGCCACCGCCCCCUCCGCCGCCUCACCAUCCUCAAGCCCGUAUCAAGCUAGAGAACUCCCUGGACUAUGGUAGCGCCUGGGCAGCGGCAGCGGCGCAAUGCCGAUACGGGGACCUGGCGAGCCUGCACGGCGGGGGUGCAGCGGGACCCAGCUCAGGCUCACCCUCAGCUGCCUCCUCUUCCUGGCACACUCUAUUCACGGGUGAAGAAAGCCAGCUGUAUGGGCCCUGUGGCAGUGGUGGUGGCGGCAGCACAGGGGAGGCCGGGGCUGUAGCCCCCUAUGGCUACAACCGGCCACCUCAGGGGUUGGCUGGUCAGGAGGGCGACUUCCCCCCAUCUGAUGUGUGGUAUCCCGGCGGCAUGGUGAGUAGAGUGCCGUAUUCAAGUCCCAAUUGUGUCAAAAGCGAGAUGAGCCCCUGGAUGGAGAGCUACUCUGGAUCUUAUGGGGACAUGCGUUUGGAGACUUCCAGGGACCAUGUUCUGCCCAUUGACUAUUACUUUCCACCCCAGAAGACCUGCCUGAUCUGUGGGGAUGAAGCUUCUGGCUGUCAUUAUGGAGCUCUCACUUGUGGAAGCUGCAAAGUCUUCUUUAAAAGAGCUGCUGAAGGAAAACAGAAGUACCUCUGUGCCAGCAGAAAUGAUUGCACCAUCGAUAAAUUCCGAAGGAAAAAUUGUCCAUCUUGUCGCCUCCGGAAAUGCUAUGAAGCAGGGAUGACUCUGGGAGCUCGGAAGCUGAAGAAACUUGGUAAUCUGAAACUACAGGAGGAAGGGGAAGUUUCCAGCGCCACCAGCCCCACUGAGGAGCCAACCCAGAAGCUGUCAGUGUCACAUAUUGAAGGCUAUGAGUGUCAGCCUAUCUUUUUGAAUGUCCUGGAAGCCAUUGAGCCAGGCGUGGUGUGCGCUGGACAUGACAACAACCAGCCUGACUCCUUCGCAGCCUUGCUGUCUAGCCUCAAUGAACUGGGUGAAAGGCAGCUUGUACAUGUAGUAAAGUGGGCCAAGGCCUUGCCUGGCUUCCGCAACUUGCACGUGGAUGACCAGAUGGCAGUCAUUCAGUACUCAUGGAUGGGGCUUAUGGUGUUUGCCAUGGGCUGGCGAUCCUUCACCAAUGUCAACUCCAGGAUGCUCUACUUUGCCCCUGACCUUGUUUUCAAUGAGUAUCGCAUGCACAAGUCCCGGAUGUACAGCCAGUGUGUUAGAAUGAGGCACCUCUCUCAAGAAUUUGGAUGGCUCCAAAUCACCCCCCAGGAAUUCCUGUGCAUGAAGGCCCUGCUCCUUUUCAGCAUUAUUCCAGUGGAUGGGCUGAAAAAUCAAAAAUUCUUUGAUGAACUUCGAAUGAACUACAUCAAGGAACUUGAUCGUAUCAUUGCAUGCAAGAGAAAAAAUCCCACAUCCUGCUCAAGGCGCUUCUACCAGCUCACCAAGCUCCUGGAUUCUGUGCAGCCUAUUGCACGAGAGCUGCACCAGUUCACUUUUGACCUGCUAAUCAAGUCUCAUAUGGUGAGCGUGGACUUCCCAGAAAUGAUGGCAGAGAUCAUCUCUGUGCAAGUGCCCAAGAUCCUUUCUGGAAAAGUCAAGCCCAUCUAUUUCCACACUCAGUGAAGCUUUGGAAGCCCCCAUUUCUUCACCCAACCCCACUUCCCUUUUCAGAUAUUUUCUGCCUGUUAUAACGCUGCACUACUUCUCUGCUGUGCCUUGGGGAAUUCCCUCUAUUGAUGUAUAGCCUAUUUCUGAGUUCUAUUUGCUAGGCUUUUUUCUCUUUUCCUUCUUUCUUUUUUCUCCCUCCCUGUCUAACCCUCCCAUGGCACUUUGAGACUCUGCUCCCUGCCAUGGCUCUUAUCUGUGUUUUGAAUGGUGUUGUAUUUCUUUAAAUCUGUGAUGAUCCUCAUGUGGCCCAGUGUCAAGUUGUACUUGUUUAUAGCAAGUGCUAUACUUGCAAGUGCACACUGUGCUGUGUGCCAACCACACAAACGUUUACUCAUCUAAUGCCACGGGAAGUUUAGAGAGCUAAGAGUAUCUGAGAAAACAAAAACUAAAACAAAAAAAAAAAAACCAAAAAAAAAAAACUAAAAAAAAAAACUAAAAAAAAAAAAGAAAAGAAAAAAAACUAAAAAAAAAAACACACACACACACAAAAAAAACCUUGCUAGGAUAUUUUUCCUCUUAAAAAUAUAAAAACAAACCCCCAAAAGAAACUAACAGUGACUAGAAUAAGGUGAAUAUUACAAGACCAUGGGAAGUCACUGCUUUUUUCCCAAACCCUCCUCCCAGACUUUAUUUUCUGCCUAUAGCUAUUGCCAUUAGAGGGCAGGGUGACCCCAGAGUUGAGCUGGGGAGAGGGGAGAGACAGAUUUAAGACAGUCAAAGAUGACAGCUAAAUCACCAGUACUUGACUACAGUGUUGGUCUCUGAUAUCUAGAUUCAACUUCAGUGCAAUUCAUUGUGCUGAAAAUGUCCUUCUUGUUUGAAAACUUGUCUGCAUGUGAAUGCCUCCCCCAUCCCAAUCUCUUUCUCUCUCACCCUCUGCAUCCACCCUCAAAUUGACUUUCAAUAGCUUUUCUAAGAACUUUGAACACAUGUUCUCUUUAGCUAAAACUUGGCCAUUUUCAGUGAAGCGUCAGACCAGCGAGGGAGAGGAAAGAUCUGACCCUUGGGAAGGCCCCAUUAAGAUACAGGUAUGCUUUCCCAUUUAUGGGCCAAGGAGGAGCUUGGGGCUGCAGUCAGAGGAAAAGGAAUGGGUGGCUUGGCUCUUCUCUACUUAGGACACUGAAGAAUUGAUCCUACUUUGCUACAUCUUUUAAAGACCUGAAUGCUUUCAACCUGACUCCAUGCAGCUGCAAGAUCCCUCCAACCUCCCUUGAGUGUUUUGUGGGCCUGAACUUCACCAGCCACAGUGGUGAAGCUUGUCUACUUCUCUAGCAUGUUCAAACAGACUCUCUGCUAAGAGCCCUCACAACCAAGAAGGCUAGCAAGCAAGCAGACUUAACAUUUAUCUCUAGAUGCAAAUAGACUCAAAGACUUCUAACCAAGUAUCUCUCAUUAACUAUCAGAUCUUCUCUGGAGCCCUUAGACAAACUGGAAAGAAGGCAUCAACCUGAUUGGACAAAUUGGGCGACUUGCCCUUGUCCCCCAGAGAUGGUACUUUCCUACCAAGUGGAUAAAGGCCCACUUUCUCCUUCAGAACAGCUAACAGGGCUACCCAGAUUAGUGUUAAAGAGAAACUUCAACUACCAGGCUGGGAAGAAUGAAGGCACUAGAACCAGAAACCCUAUAAGUGCUUUCCUUGACACCCAGCAUAUCCACUUGCAGAAGUCAUGAGAAGAAGAGAGAAGAAACCAAGAGGAGACUGACUACUAAAUUAAAGUCUUCAGAGGCAAAGUUUAAAGCCAGAUGGGUGCCAUCUGGUGAGUUUACUCAUCCUCCUCCUCUGCUGCUGAUUCUGGGCUCUCACUUUGGCCAUACUCACUCAGACUCCCCACCUAUGUUGCUGCCUGUCAGCCAGAGGGAAGCUGAAACAUUGAGACUACAGAACCAUGACCUCCUUUGGAAAGGUCUGGUUGAUGUGGCUCCAGUGGGCUGCCACCCAUGAACUCAGGCUGUGUUCCUGGGACACUGGUUUCAUAUAGUCCUUUGGCACACCUCUGUUCUGUUGACUUCGUCCGCCAAACCUAAGAACAGAGGGAAUGUUCACCUAGUUUCUCAUCUUAGCUGCUGCCUCCUAACUUAGCUCUUAAAUUCAACUGCUAAACUCAAGAAAUUAGGAGGCAGUCAACAAACUGCCCAUUUCAGUUGGUUUACUUUACUUGUUGAGGAGAUAGUUUCUGAGUGAUAUGAUAUGAUCUACAUGGGUUUCCUCCCCUGAUUUCUGUGUUGAUAUUAAUAGCCAAAAGAACUUGCAAAACAGCUUCUUUAAAUAACAAGGGAGAGGGGAACCUAAGAUGCGUGGUAUACCAAUCCCAGACUGCUGGAUAAAACUAAAGCUGACAGGUUCUGUUUCUGGCGUAAGAUAGACAAAUUAUGGUUUUCUUUGUUAUAACGCCAUUUGACAUAUAAGCUCACAGGAUCACUUUUAGCUAUUCUAAACAGAAAAAAUACACCACUCUUUUCAGUUAAACUAGGCUACAUUUUAAUAAUUCCUUUAUAUCUGUUUUGAAAUGAUUUUAAUCUUUUGUGGUACAUGGAUUUCAUGAUAUCAUUCUAAUACCUCUCUUUGGAAAGACUAGAGUCUUUCUUUUCCAUUUCUCUCACUACCAAAUUUUUCAUCUUUAGAGAUUUCUUAAUUGUGACUCUUGUCCUUAUGAAUAUGAAUAUAUAUAUGUUUUUACUUGUGAAAGCCAAAAAUCAGUGUAAUUAAAAAUAACAACUGGAUUACUCCUCAUUUCCAAAUGGCAAGACUAGGGAAAAACAGCCUAAAGAAGGCUUUAGGCCUACUGUUUUUGCACUGGGGAUUCUAUGAGAACUAUUUUAGCUUGGCUUUGUUCUCCCACAGAUGAAAGAAGGAAUUGUUUUUGUUUUGUGUUUUUUUUUUUUUGGCCAUUUAUGUUCCAGGAAAUGUAAAUGACAGAAGUCUCAUUUUGUAUGCACUCUGCUCUAGAAACUUUAGAGUUGACACGGUUGGUCCCCUGUGCUUACCUGUGAAGGAUUGGCUACCCAGAACCACUCACCUGGUGAGCUGGAAAAUGAAGAUCACUCACCAGACAUGUCACAGUGGCUAUCUCCAAAGAGAUUUGUAGUGCUCAAUGGGGAUGGAGAGUGAGGAAGAGAGAGAGAAAAAAAGGAACACCAGGGAAAAGGCCCUGUCUGUGUGGACAGUGGACAGCUGCCAGGGUCACAAAUGCUGUGGUCAAAGAAAAGAGUCGUGUGGCAGUUUCAGCUCUUGUUCAUUGGGCAGCUCGCCCAAGCGUGGCCUCUGAGCUGAAAUGGUGAUUGGAUUCUUUGUUCCAUAGCUUUUCAAUGCCGCAGACAGUGCCAUUUUUCUUGUAAAGCUUAUUAUUUUUUUAAUGAGAAAGGGGUUUUUUGAAGGAUUCUGUCAUAUCUCUCUGAAAAAAUCAGUAAUACAUAUAUUUUUAUAUAUGUUCACUGGCACUAAAAAGGAAAAAAAAAACAGUUUUGCUCUGUCCCUCUGUCCUUUGGAUAGUUGCUAAGGGUUGAGAAAUAAUGUGCUGAUGCGAGAGUCCCUCUCUGUCCAUACUUUAUUUCUAAAUGCAUAUAUACAUAUAUAGCAAGAAGAAUUCUAUUUGUUUUUCAAGAGAAAGUAGUUUUGCCAUCCACAUGAUAUUGACAUUACACAAAUGACCUAACUUAGAGCUUCAAGUAGCUUCUGUUUGUUUCAUUAGGCAUAGCACAGACCUGGCCUUGCCUUCUUUUCUUCCUUGAUAUUUCGCAGGGCACAAAAGCCCGAGCUACUCCCUUUACCCCUUUCCAAAUUUGUGCCACAAUUGCACUUUAUAAGAUUCUCUCCAGACAACUCAGUAACUAUUCCUGCAUGUUUCCUGCAUAGCCCUGGGAAAACAAGAGGUUGACUACUAAUUAUCCUGUGCCAGUUGUCCAGAUGAAAAGGCACUGAGCCAAGGGAGUGGCCUUCAUGCUUGACCCCCUGUAGGGAGUCAUGGGAAUCAGGAUUGCUAAAGCACAGGAUCGAAUCCCAAAGUUGAAGUCAAAAUAAGCCAUUUUGCAUGUGCAAGUUCUUGUAAAAGGAACUUUCUACCCCUGCUGCCUUUUAUAGGCAGUUCUGUUCUCAUCACUAAUCUCUUUGAAAAUCUUUGAAAGAUGUUUAAAAAAAGACAAAGAGAUGAGAGCAUCACAUUAUGUAACCAAAGAUUACACUGUAUCUGCUAAGAUACGAAAAUUUUUAGGAUCAGGGAGGGAGUAAACAUUAGUGCCUCUUUGGUAAGCUAUCCAAAGACAGAUUAGAGGACUUGGCUGGUGACUAACUUAUAACAGAUCUGUGGGACAACCCCCCCCCACCACAAUAUACAUGUUUAGAAGAGUGGAAGGUAUUUUUUUAAAUGAGAUUAUGGGUUCUUCACUAAGUGAUUUUAUAAGCAGAACUAGCUUUCCUUUUCUCCAGUAGUUGUUGAGCAGAUUUUUAAAGCUCCACCAUUGCAUGGUUGGAAAUGGAGCUGUCUCAGCCACUGUGUUUGCUAGUGCCCAUGUUAGCUUAUUUGAACAUGUGAAUACCUUGCUGAGAAAGGGAGCAUUAAAGGACUAGAUUUCUCAUUAGAAAGACAGCAGGCAGAAAUCUUCAUUUCUGCCCACUUUGGAAGACACAAAAAGUCCUCUGUGGUUUAAGGAAGACAGUUGAAAUAUAUUGUAAAUGAGUAUUUGUAUCCAUGUUUCAAAAUUGAAUUAUGUAUAUAAAUAUUAUGUGUUCUGAUAGCUUUACCUUUCUCUGCACCUUUAUAUUUCAUUGCAGGUCACAAAUGAUACCAUGUACUUGUGAGAUAGGCUGCAGUUACAUUUUGGAAGCUCUCAAAAUGUAAAAGACACCUUGGUUAAUCAGAUAACUAAGAGUUCUCUGUCCCUAUUGGGGUCUGACCCACAGGGCUUGCAAAGAAGCAAGGGUGGGAGGAAUGGUAGGGUACAUGAUAUAUUGCACUUUACUAGCCUGAGACUAGUGAAUGUUUAAAGGAUGGUGAAAAGGUAUUGGAGCUGACUGGGAUUUACUAUAAGGAAGUCCCAGAAUUGAGGCCAAAGGCCCACCAAAAUAAUUAGCCAGUGGCCCCCUAAUGGGACUUGAGCAGUUGGAAUAAGGGAAGACAUUCUUUGUUCUUCACCAUCCUUGUGAGAAAAGGACAGUUUACUACACUUGGGAACCUGGGGCAAGUGCUCCAUCUUUCAUAUAAUUUACCGACCUGCGACUGAAGUGCUCUUGCUACUGGGUGUCUAUGUUCUUUGAUUAUGGUUUGGGUAUGUUCUAUAAAGAUUUUGACAAUGAAAAUCUGUUUUUCUCUGUUAACAAUUUGAUAAUGUACUAGAAGUAAUAUGUCUGUAGGUACAGGUUUGUCUCUGCCCACAGGUAGGGGUGUUUUUCUUCAAUUCAGAGAUUGACACUGGGGUCCAUUGCUCAGAGGCUCCCAACACUUAACCAUUUCUAGGUGAAAGCAGAAAAAUCCACAUUGUUCACCCCUCUUCAGACACUUCAACUGAGAUAACAAAACGUUGGAAAUUUUCCUGUCCACCAAAGUGAAUCGUAAGUAUUUGAAUUGAGCAGGUAGAGUCUUAAAGGGAUAACACCCUUUGACUCAGCUUCAAUUUAUCCCCAUUUUGGUUUGGCCAGAAAGUAAAAACACAUAUUGACUGGUUUCCAGCCCCAACUCAGUAUAGCAGGGGCACUGGUUCCAUUCUUAAUCCCACUUGUCCCUUAGCUUUUUAUGGAAUUAAAUGAGAAGCUGUGGACUAAGUGGUCCUUGUGGCCUAAAAUAGGUCCCAUAUGCACUACUUAACAAGGAUGUCAUAUAGCUGCAGGUUCCAUUGGCCACCAAAGAGCAGAACACACACAGACCCUACAGAAAAUUCUGGAAUGUUGCUGCUUCUCAGGUGGUGUCGUCUUUGUCGGAUGCUUCAUACUUUAGGACUGUGUUUCCUGCCCAACAGAAAGGGCAAGACUUCAGUCUCUCUCAACCUUAUCCCUUGCUGCUAACUUUCCAGUAGUGAGGUGCCUGUGGGCUUGUCCUAUCCCAUAAGCCAUUCAGGUGCUGAGAGCAGUCUCCAUUGGGAUGGCCCAAGCUAAAAAAGAGCCCCUUCAGCACCCAUUGACACCCUUCUGCUUUCUCCUAGACUGGAACAUUGAUUAGGGAGUGCCUCAGACAUGACAUUCUUGUCCUGUCCUUGAGAUUAAUUUGGGCAGCAGGGGGAUGCAGAUUGUAUAACCAGAUGUAAGAAUUAAUUUUAAUAUUGAGGAAAACAAGAAAAACAGAGAAAAAGCAUCAUAUAAAGAUUUUUCCAAAGAAACAUUGAUUUUGCUUGAAACUUGUUUCAACAGAGCUUCAGUUCUCACAGCAGCACUUGGCCUCCACAGGGCAGGAGGACCAGCCCCAAGCGUUACUGUUCUGUUCUCUUUUUGUAAUCGUGGAAUCUUUUGUUGCUCUAAAUAUAAUUAAAAAUGGCAGAAACUUGUUUGUUGGAAUACAUGUGUGACUCUGGAUUUGUCUCUGUGUCGGCUUUCAGAAAUGUCAUCCAUUGUGUGAA